CCCCCAAAGCUCAACUCAAACAGCAUGCAGAAGCAGGUGGAGGUGCGAAUGGAUGAGAGCCACAUCGAGCCCCCAGGAGAGGCCCCCAAGGGCCUGUGCAGCACCGUGUGUGAUAAAGUCAUGAAGAACAUGGUGCUGACCCUCACCAUCCUGGGUGUGUUCCUGGGCUCUAUCUCAGGCAUGCUCCUGCGACACAUCUCUCCACUGCCAGCAGAUGUAGUCAUGAUCAUCGGGUUCCCUGGAGAGAUCCUCAUGAGGAUGCUCAAGAUGUUAAUCCUCCCACUCAUCGUCUCCAGUCUGGUCACAGGUCUGGCUGGGUUAGAUGCCAAGUCCAGUGGGCGUCUGGGCACCAGAGCCAUGGUGUACUACAUGACCACCACAGUGAUCGCAGCUGUCCUGGGGGUAGUCCUGGUGCUGCUUAUCCACCCAGGGAACCCCAAGCUGAGGGCCAACCUGGGCCAGGGCAAGAAAAAUGACGAUGUGUCCAGCCUGGAUGCCCUCUUUGACCUCAUCCGCAACCUGUUCCCCGAGAAUCUGGUGCAGGCCUGUUUUCAACAGAUUCAGACAGUAACCACUAAAGUCCAGGUGCCCACCAAUAGAACCAGAGCACCCCCACAGUUCACAGUCAAGAGGUCACUACAGUUCAAAGGUGGCAUGAAUGUGCUGGGCCUGAUCGGAUUCUUUGUCUCCUUUGGCGUCAUCAUGGGAAAGAUGGGAGAACGAGCCCGACUCAUGUUGGACUUUUUCAACGUGCUCAAUGAAAUUGUCAUGAAGCUUGUUAGCGCAAUCAUGUGGUACUCUCCUGUAGGUAUCGCCUGUCUGAUCUGUGGGAAGAUCAUCUCCAUCGCAGACCUGGAGGUGGUAGCGCGCCAGCUGGGCAUGUACAUGGUCACUGUCAUUGUGGGCCUCAUCAUCCACGGAGGCAUCUUCCUGCCCCUCAUAUACUUUGUCAUCGUCAGGAAGAACCCCUUUAAGUUUUUUAUGGGCAUGUUCCAGGCCUGGGUCACAGCCCUGGGCACGGCCUCCAGCGCUGGCACGCUGCCGGUCACAUUCCGCUGUCUGGAGGAAAACCUGGGGAUCGACAAGAGAGUGACACGCUUUGUUCUCCCUGUGGGUGCCACCAUCAACAUGGAUGGCACGGCGCUAUACGAGGCUGUGGCCGCCAUCUUCAUCGCUCAAAUGAAUGGCAUCGACCUGGACUGGGGCCAGAUCGGCACAGUCAGUGCGACUGCCACCCUAGCCAGUGUGGGAGCUGCCAGUAUCCCCAGUGCAGGCCUGGUCACCAUGCUGCUGAUUCUGACAGCGGUCGGCCUACCCACUCAGGACAUCAGCCUGCUGGUGGCGGUGGACUGGCUCCUUGAUCGCUUCCGCACAUCGGUGAAUGUUAUCGGGGACUCGUACGGCGCAGGAAUCGUGUACCACCUAUCCAAAGAUGAGCUGGACACCUUUGACGCACAGCAGACGAGAAUGGACGAUUUUGAGAUGGCCAAAACGCAGUCAUACUUUGAAAACAACAGCAACCAGAACGUAUAUGCACACCACAACUCAAUCCUAAUAGAUGAUUGCAAGGUGGGCUACGGCACAAACGGUAAGACGGACUUCUCUUUCAUCGAGGAGGGGCCCUGGAAAUGUGAAUAA